AUGAACUUACAACAGAUUAUGAGACCCAGCACCAUCAGCGCGGACGGCAUCAAGGUCUUCGCUGGCGCUGAGCAGGAUGCCAACCUCUUCUUCAUCACCGUUGAGGCCAAGCUCAUCGCCGCUGGCAUCGACGCUGGCAUCAUCGCCGAGGGUGGUGCUGACCACCAAGGAGACAGGCAGGCUCCAGCAGCUGCCUCAUCGCCGAGCCCAAGCACCCACGGUGCUUCGGGUCCCCGCACUCGCUCCCGCGCUCAACGCGGCCCUCGCCGCACUGGCGCCCGCCACGACGCGGAGGACCACGACGACGAUGACGACGACGAGGGCGAUGGCGACGACCACGGCGCUCAGCCAUCUUCCUCCUCUUCCUCUCUCCCUUCUUCCGCCACUCCGAGCGGAGGAGCGCAGGUGGCGUCCCGAGCCUCUGGUCUGAUGGAUCCCCGUGAUCCACAGGUUGACGCAGCCAUCUUCGCGUUCCUCCUUGGCGUCCUGACGGGACACCCGCUGCGGCUGGCCAUCACCGACAACCGUGGCCGCUCCGGUGUGCUUGCGCUGCGCCGCCUCCGCGAGCGCUACAUCCGCAGCGGCAAGGACCACCUCCUCGCUGCCGGCGUGUCCAUCCCGGAGGACGACCUGCGCACCCUCGUCCGCAACGAACUCCCCGCGGAGUUUGAUGUGGCGAUGCGGUUCAUGGAGCGCGAGGACCCGCCGCCAUCGCUGUCCAAGAUGACGGCGGACCUCAUCCAGGAAGAGCGCCGCCUGCAUCGUCCCAAGAAGCGCACGCCUGUGCUCGCCAUCGGUGGGCCAGGCCCCAGCUCCUUCGCUGCAUCGCCGAUGCACGCUGGCACGUCGCCCUCCGACACGAGCGGUGGACCAUGCUGUCCACCUGCAGAGCGCGUGACUUGCGCGUUCUGCAACUUCCGCGGCCACUGCGCGCAGCAGUGCCGCAAGCUGCAGGCGGCCAAGCGCUACCACGUCAUCGACGUGCGGCAGAUCCUGGCUACGCUUCGCAACCACGGCAACGGCAACGGCAAGCGGCCAGGAUCCUCUCGCCCACAGCACGGACGAGCAGCUCCAUUCAAGAAGGCGGCCGUCGUCAGCCACGGCCCUCAGCGCGUGGAGACCUUCGCCAUCCACCACGAUGCCCUCAUGCUGCAGCCCGAGGGCGAGGAGGAGGGCCACGCCAUCGGACCAGUGCCACCACAGGUGUGGCUCGCUGACAGCGGUGCCACGGCGCACAUCACCAGCGACGCCUCCCUCCUCACCAACUACGUCGCCGUCACGCAGCACGUCACCGUUGCCAACAACCAGACCGUCACGGUCAUCGGCAAGGGCGACUGCGUGCUCCGCGUGACUGGCACAGACGGCGCUCCAGGUACCAUCACGCUCAAGAACGUGCUGCAUGUCCCCGAUAUCAAGUACAACCUUCUGGCGCUGAACCUGGUGACUCGCGCGCGUCGUGGUGCUUCCGUCGUCAUUGCUGCGGACGACAGCCGCAUCCAGUUUGCCACAUGGAGCGUGCCUCUGCUGCCGUCCAAGGACACCGGCCAUCUCUUCCUCUACGCCAGCACCACGACCUCCCAACAAGCCACGGCGCUUGCGGGGGAGCUCGUGCACAGCAGCGACGGGGAAGCCGAGGAUGCUGACGAGGACGCCUCUGCACACGACGUGCUAGGCCAUCGCAGCAGCGCGGCCGUUGACGCCAUCCGGCAGCAGAUCGCCCAGGCCUCUUCCAAGCACAUCGUCACCUGUGGACCAUGUGCGCUUGGCAAGAGCACGCGCGCCUCCAUCCCAAAGCAGUCUGCUCCACGUAGCGCUGGGCCAUGCCAGCUGCUCUACGCCGACAUCGCCGGUCCGCUGGAGGAGACGUCGCUGCGAGGUGCACGCUACGCGCUGACCUUCAUCGACGACUGCACGCGUUUCGCCUGGACGUUUCUCAUCCGGCACAAGAACGACGUCGGUGCGGCCCUGGAGCAGCUGCGCAAGGACCGUCACGUCAUCAACGCGCUCCGAGGCGCCACGCUGCAGACGGACAGCGACGCCGUCUUCAAGAGCCAGGACUUCACCGACCUGUGCCUGGCCUUCGACAUCAAGCAGCGCUUCUCGCCACCGCACUCGCAGGCCAAGAACGGAUCCGCGGAGCGCACCUUCCGCACCCUCUUUGAGACGGCGCGCACGAUGCUGUUUGCUGCGGACCUGGACAAGCCGUUCUGGGGCUUCGCCGUGCAGCACGCCACGCUGCUGCACAACAUCGCGCCACGCAGGAGCCUCAAGGACAAGUCACCGUUCGAGGCCCUGACUGGGCACCCCUUCGACGUCAGCCUGUUGCGCGUCUUCGGCUCGCCGGCCUACGUGCAUGUGGAGAAGAGCAGCACGCGGCACAAGCUUGACCCACGCUCACGCGUCGGCGUCUACGUCGGCUUCGCCGAGGAGGACCAGGCCCACGUCGUCUGGAUGCCGGACACGCGACGCGUUGUCCACACCAUCCACGCUCGCUUCGGUGCCAGCGCCAUCAAGAACAAGGACGUCGCCUCCUCUCAGCAGCAGCAAGAGCAGGACAACAGCGGUGCCUCUGCUUCGCAUGCCAAUAAGACCGCUCAGCGUUCAACCGAGGACAGUGCCACCGGCGCUCCCACUGCACCACGUGCGGGGGAGCCGCAGCUCCAGCCACGCGCCCUUGGCGGCUCCGUCUGGGACCAGCUGCUGGUGUCCGAGACCCUCGGCGACAAGGACACCUCUGGUGGCUCAACCACCACGUGUCACGUUGCCACCAGCGCUGCUGGUACGGGGGAGAAGACAUCAGCAGUGGGUGGUCAUCUACCAGACAUCGCUGUUGGCAGUGUUGCCACGUCAGCUGAGCCAGCCACCGUCAAGGAGGCGCUUGCCUCGCCAGACUCUGAGGAGUGGCGCCAAGCCAUCCUGGACGAGUUUGCGGCAAUGCAGGCCAAUGACGUCUACGACGUCGUGCCUCGCGCUGACCUUCCCAAGGGCCACAAGCUGCUCCGCAGCAUGGUCAUCUUUCGGAGGAAGCGUGACGACCAGGGCAAGGUGAUCAAGUACAAGGCGCGCUGGGUUGCCAAAGGCUACUCCCAGGUCCACGGUGUCAACUACACGGACACCUUUGCCCCGACGGCUACCAUCGCAGCCAUCCGCACCAUGCUCGCCAUGGCCGUCGCGCGUGGCAUGGACAUCCAGCAGAUGGACGUCAACACGGCGUUCCUCAACGCCGCCCGUGGAUCACGAGAUCUACGUCCAGCCACCGGCCGUCGACGGCAUCUUCUCGCCGAAUACGGUCCUGCGCCUCAAGCGCGGGCUGUAUGGGCUGAAACAAAGUUUGUUGGUUGA